GGAUUCAGCCCGUGACCCGCAGGACCGACGCUUUGGAAAGGCGUCACUUCCUUUCUCUGAUUUUUGGGCUGUGGUGUUAACGUGUCGUUUGAGUUCGAGGAACUCGGCACUUUUGGAGAAGUUUUGUGCCAACUGAACACUGCAAAGCGGCACCUCUAUUGAGUCCUCGGAGUUAAUCAUGGAUCAAGUCAUGCAGUUUGUGGAGCCCAGCCGGCAGUUUGUGAAAGAUUCCAUCAGGCUUGUGAAAAGAUGCACAAAGCCGGACAGGAAAGAAUUUCAGAAGAUUGCCAUGGCAACAGCAAUAGGUUUCGCAAUAAUGGGAUUUAUUGGUUUCUUUGUAAAACUGAUUCACAUCCCAAUCAACAACAUCAUUGUGGGUGGCUGAGUGCACUGGAAGUUUUUGACUUUGAUAUUCCACACAAUGACAUAAGAAAAUGCUGUUCCUUUCUGGCUGAACGAUUCAACUAAUUAACUGUAUCUUUCUACUUGCCAAUACAAAUCAAGUUUCAAACUGAAA